AUGACACCUGCUAUCCCUGCUCAGGGUCUUUUUUCUUCGCAAGCUGCUAUCUCUGCUGGUUCCGCACCAUCUAUUACUACUUCUAAACGAGAAACUGAAGUCCUUAAAGUUGCCUAUCGUUAUUUUUAUAACUUCGGCUGGAAUAAGAGUGAAGCAUCCUUUAAAGUUAAUCAGAUGUGGGCCAUUUUUGGCGAUUUAGAUUCUAUGCCUAGAAAAUAUGUUCGGAUCAAUGAAGUGUAUUCACCUUUCAAGGUGGAUGUCACAUGGUUGGAGUUUAUUGCUGAGGACGUAGAUGAGACUGCUUGGAAGAGAAGUGGGUUGCCUGUUGCUUGUGGGAAGUUCAGAUACAACAAGAGUCAGAAGACUGAUACAAUUAAAGAUAUGAGUUCAUUCUCCCAUAUGAUCAGGGAAAAAUAUGUUAAUGAGGAUUGCAACAUCUAUCCCCAGAAAGGUGAAACUUGGGCCCUCUACAAGAACUGGAACAUUAAAUGGAGCUCUAAUCCGGACAAUCACAGAGAGUACGAGUAUGAAUUUGUUGAAGUCCUGACAGAUUACACCAACAAAUAUGGCAUUGUGGUGACCCAUUUGGUUAAGUUAAAAGGUUUUGCAUGCCUGUUUAAGCCCAAUGGCAUGAUUUUCUUUCAGGUACCACCCAAUGAAAUCUUAAGAUUAUCUCACAGGGUUCCUUCAUUUAGAACAAACGGUAGAGAACGAGAAGAUGUUCCUGAAGGUUAUUUUGAACUUGAUACUUCUUCCCUGCCUAGUAACAUUGAAGAAGUGUCUGGGGUAAUUGAUGUGGAAGCUGAAACAGUUGAUUGUAAUAUUAAUGGUUCGUUGAUGUCCGUAUCAAAAGAUAAGCAUCCUAUGCAGAAGAAGAGAAAAUAUCCUGAUUCACAGAGUACCUUGGAUGUAAGUUCCCCCGGUGCAAAUAAGUUUUCUAGGAUGCCAAACGGAUGCUAUAAGAAUCCAGAUGAAGAAAAGCGGGCAGCAGAAGCUUAUAAUCAAACGGAUAAGAGUAAGGCUACCAGUGUUUCAGUCAGCGAGAAAAUUGCAGCUGCUUGCGCUAAGGAAAUUAAUCCAGAUGGGGUGAUUACGAUACCUGACAGUGACGAGGACAUCCCCUCUUCACCUUCUUCGUUGAGGAUUUUUGAAAUGCCAGACACGGAAUUCUGCAACUUUGAAAGAGAGCGAUCUUGUGAAAAAUUUAAGAUCAGCCAGAUAUGGGCUCUUUAUUGCAAAUUGGAUAAGCUGCCCAUAAGCUAUGCUCAGAUAGAGAGUGUUACAUCAUUUCCCGUUUUUAAACUGUCUGUAAAAUGGCUUAAACCUUGCGAUCCACCGAGACGUAUUUUUCCAUGGGUUGACAAGGAAAUGCCAGUAAGCUGCGGAACAUUUAAGGUCACAUCUAGCGAAGUUGUUGUCUUUAGUGAUUCCAUUUCUUUCUCUCAUCAGUUAACUGGGGUACCAACUGUUAAUAACAUAUACACGAUACUCCCAAGAGCAGGGGAAGUGUGGGCGCUAUAUAGUAAAUUUUGCUCUGACUUGAUGUGCUCGGACUUGAAGAAAUGCGAGUACGACAUUGUUGAAAUAUUAGAGGUGGUUGAUGUUCAUUGGAUAAUUGUUUCGGUUUUGGAAAGAGUUGCUGGUUUUAAGACGGUAUUUAAAGCUAAAUAA